AUGGGCUCGGUGACCUCUGCUUUGACAAGGACGAGAAACGCGUUGGUGAAAGUGGGUUCAGAGCCGGAGACCCAUGACCCGGAGAGGAGCCAGUCCGCCCCGGAGUCGGACCGGGCCAGGAAGAGGAGCGCCCGGUUCAACGUUACCACCCAGGCCGGGCGGCAGAGUUCCCGCCAGUCGCUGUCCGAGGUCCUGAGCCGACAGGACUCCGACGGAGACAGACAAACUUCGAGGAAAAAGACGUGUGAAGGUCCGCAGAGCGUGGCAAAUGAAGAUGGAGAGAGCUCCAACAGACCACAGGCCAGUUUCGCACGCUCAAAGUCCCAUAGUGCUUUGUGGAAUGCCAUCACAGCGGGGAUGGGGAUCAAAGGCAAGGACGAGAAGGCCCCCCUGAAUGACCCACGGAGUCCCGAAGAGAUUCUGGCUGAUGAUCUUCCUGCAGCAGAUGAACCAGACGCCACUGAGAAAACGGCCAUCAGAUUAAGAUGUCUGGUGAAGCAGUUGGAGAGAGGAGAGGCUUCCCUCGCUGAACUCAAGAAAAACCUUGAGUACGCGGCGUCGGUGCUGGAAUCUGUUUAUAUUGAGGAGACAAGACGUUUGGUGGACACAGAGGAUGAGCUCAGCGACAUCCAGUCAGAGUCGGUGCCCUCAGAGGUGCGCGACUGGCUGGCAUCCACCUUCACCCGCCAGAUGGGCCUGAUGCUGCGACGCAAUGAAGAAAAACCUCGCUUCCGCAGCAUCGUCCAUGCCGUUCAGGCUGGCAUAUUUGUUGAGAGGAUGUACCGACGUACCUCCAAUAUGGUGGGACUCAGCUACCCCCCCUCUGUCAUAUCUGUGCUCAAGAAUGUUGACAAGUGGUCGUUUGAUGUGUUCGCCCUAAAUGAGGCCAGCGGGGAUCACGCGCUUAAAUUUAUAUUCUACGAGUUGCUCACAAGAUACGACCUCAUUAGCCGUUUCAAGAUCCCGAUCUCUGCAGUGGUGUCAUUCGUGGAGGCCCUGGAAGUGGGAUACAGCAAACAUAAAAACCCCUACCACAACCUGAUACACGCUGCCGAUGUUACACAGACUGUACACUACUUGUUGCUCAAGACUGGCAUGGUGCAUUGGUUGACUGAGCUGGAGAUCUUUGCUAUGAUCUUUGCGGCGGCGGUGCACGACUACGAGCACACGGGGACCACAAACAACUUCCACAUUCAGACAAGGUCAGACACAGCAAUCCUGUACAAUGACCGCUCGGUGUUGGAGAGUCACCAUGUCAGCGCAGCUUACCGCCUACUGCAGGACGACGACGAGAUGAACAUCCUCUACAACCUCUCCAAGGAUGACUGGAGAGAGCUGCGGGCUCUGGUGGUGGAGAUGGUGCUGGCCACAGAUAUGUCCUGCCAUUUCCAGCAGGUUAAGGCCAUGAAGAACUUCCUGCAGCAACCUGAGGGCAUUGACAAGCCUAAAGCUCUGUCCUUGCUGCUGCACACAGCAGACAUCAGCCACCCGGCCAAAAGCUGGGACCUCCACCACCGUUGGACCACCUCCCUACUAGAGGAGUUCUUCAGACAGGGGGACAAAGAAGCAGAGCUCGGGCUGCCGUUCUCUCCGCUCUGCGACAGAAAGUCCACAAUGGUGGCACAGUCCCAGAUCGGGUUCAUAGACUUCAUCGUGGUGCCCACCUUCACUGUGCUGACAGACAUGAUGGAGCGUAUCGUCACGCCGCUCAUCGACGAGGCUUCCCAUUCAGGUUUUGCUGGCUUUCGACGCUCAAGUCUGAACAGUAUUAGCUCAGAUGAAGCCAAAAGGCACAGUGUGAAGAGCAUGGGCUCCGACAGCAGCUCAUCAGGCCAAAGCUCUCUGCUGACGGUGGACAUGAAGAACUUCAAGGCGUUGUGGAAUGAAGAGGUUUACCAGAACAGAGAGAGGUGGAAAGCCCAGGCUACUAAAGAGGCGGAGGAGAGAGCUAAAAAGGAAGCAGAGGAGCGAGCCCAGCAGGAAGAGGCUAUGGAGCCCCAGGAGGUCGACGCAGAAUCAGAACAGCCUGAACCAAAGGAGGACAAAGUGGAGGGGGAGGCGCCCGAGUCAGCAGAGGUCAGCAGAACACCAGAUGGUAACACAGGGGAAACAGAGCAGGGAGCACAGCCUGGGAGCACCACACACAAGAGUCCUCCACUGCAUAACGGAGAGUUGUCUGAAGGGGCUGAAUCUCCAAAGGGUGAAGAAAACAAGAACAAAAUUGUCGAUGAGGUAGCGAUGGAGUAAGUGAGCUGUGGAUUAUUCAGUGCGGCAUCUCUGCUGUGCUGCUGUCGACCUGAACCUGCUUUUAAAACUUGGUUGGGAGAACUCACUCAGACUCGCAUCAGAGGGAAGGCCAUUAGUUGGACUGUGUCGCCCUCCACAGGACACCAAGAAACUCACACCUUCACUUCCAUUUUUGUCCUUAUGAUCAACUGUUUUUACUUUUACCAUGUUUAUAGUCCCAUGCUUUACCCGUUUGCAUUAUAGCUCCCUCCCUGCUUAUUGAUAAAGACAGUGCAGAUUUAAUGACCUUAAGAUGACAUCGACGAUGGGUUCGAGAGGAGCCUUUGAAAGACUGAUACUGAAAAUGUUGCUUUUCUUUUUUAGUUUGCCAAUCUUUUACUCAACGCAACCACAGACAUGUAGCCAUUUUUUUAGUUAUUGAAAAUUAAUACAGGAGUGCUUUUUUGUCAAACUUGCAGAAUACAUGCACGUGAACUGGUACACAGUAUUUACAGUAUAUGAGUAUGUGUACAGUGCACUGGGAUUAAAUUCACA